UCGCGGCUUGUCGCAAACGUCAGACGGUACGCUUCGCGAGGCUCGCGAGUGGUGUGAACUCCAAACGCCACUCAGCUUAAGUCUCCGAUAAAGGUAAUAAUUGGUAACGCCGUGAACAUAUGGUUGCUGUCAAAUGGUUUAUCAAUUUUAUUUGUAUGGCAAAAGUACCUUGAUUUCGAAGAAAAUGUUGAACAACGUAAAGCAUGUUGUGCUCGUGCUAUCUGGCAAGGGGGGUGUGGGUAAAUCCACUAUAAGCACACAACUAGCAUUGGCUCUUAAGGAAGUCGGUUAUCAAGUUGGAUUGCUUGAUAUUGACCUUUGCGGUCCAAGUGUGCCUUACCUACUUGGCAUCGAAGGAAGUGAAGUUUACCAAUGUGAAGGAGGAUGGGUUCCUGUCUACACGGAUUCAACCAAACGUCUCGCAGUUAUGUCGAUUGGAUUUUUGCUGAAGAAUAGGAACGAUGCUGUAAUCUGGCGUGGUCCAAAGAAAACGGCAAUGAUUCGGCAGUUUCUGAACGACGUCGCCUGGGAAGAGCUAGAUUAUCUGAUUAUUGAUACGCCACCAGGAACUUCUGAUGAACAUAUUACUGUCAUGGAAUGUAUGCGCGAGGUAAAGUGUGACGGGGCCGUAAUCGUGACAACAUCUCAAAAAGUUGCUCUGGAAGACGUACGAAAAGAAAUAACUUUUUGUAAAAAGACAAAUAUAAAUAUAAUUGGAUUAGUUGAAAACAUGAGCGGGUUCGUUUGUCCGCAUUGCGACGAUUGUACCAACAUAUUUUCCUCAGAAGGAGGUGCAUCUUUAGCUUCAGUAGCAGGUAUUCCACUCCUUGGAACCCUACCUAUCGAUCCAAAAGUUGGCGAAUUAGCCGGAAAAUGUACGUCAGUCUUUAGUGCAUUGCCUGAGUCACGAACUGCUAAAAUUUUUCACGAAAUUAUUGACAGAAUUACAAAUAAAUAGCAAUUAGAUAUAUUAGUAUGAAAAACUGUGCGAAGGGAAA